AUGACGCACUGUUCCAGCGGAACGCGGACAGCGACGGUGUGUAGCACACCUUCCGAAGGCAGAUGUUACUCAAGAGUCGACGAGAAAGGAUAUCUUGUGCGUGGAUGUUUGGCUGACAUUUCCGACCCAGAGCUAAAAGCGAGCUGUGAGAAGGAUGGCGUCAAUUGCUUGAUUUGUGAUGGGCCAGGAUGUAAUGGUGGAUUUCUGCCAAAGAAUACGCUCAGCUGUGUACAGUGUGAUUCACGACUACAACUCAACCGUGCUCAGGAGCAGAAGGAUGAUAACAAUGUGCAGUACUGUCGACGCCAUGUACAAGAUGAUCGUUGCUAUGUACGUACCGAUACAGAUGGAAGUCUUCAGCGCGGUUGCUUGUCAGAUCUAACUGACGACACGCUCUGUAACGCUGGCAAUUCACUGGUGUGCGAUAUGUGUAAUGAAAACAGCUGUAACAAGUAUGCAUAUCCAUCGAAUAGACUGUCUUGCUAUCAAUGCAAUAGUGGGCACACUUCAAACUGCGACGCAGAACAGCGCAAUGAUGAGCUGCUGCAGUGCAGAUUCCAUCGCAGUAAAGAUGGAUGUUUCAUCAGAACUUACCAAGAUGAAGUAAUUCGUGGAUGCAUAUCGGACUUGGGGAAUGGUACGAAUCCUUGUGAAGGAUGGAAAAGAAAUGAUUGUCGUACAUGCUACGAAGAUGGCUGCAAUUAUAUCUCCAAAACCGCUUUACGAAACAGUAGCUCCCUUGUAGGAAUAGAAAUGUGGAUACUCUCGAUAUACUGCAUUCUAUUAGUUUCCUCCAAAAUGUUCGGAUAG